GAGCCCUCGCCCCGCCCCUUCCGGCGCGGGCGGCGAACAUGGGGACACCACAGAAGGAUGUUACAAUAAAACCCGAUGCCCCAAGCACGUUACUUUCAGAGAAACACGCGGAUUAUAUAGCUUCGUAUGGAACAAAGAAGGAUGAUUAUGAAUACUGUAUGUCGGAGUAUUUGAGAAUGAGUGGUGUCUACUGGGGGCUGACAGCAAUGGAUCUCAUGGGACAGCUGCACCGAAUGAACAAAGAGGAAAUUCUGACAUUCAUCAAAUCAUGUCAACAUGAAUGUGGGGGAAUAAGUGCCAGCAUAGGUCAUGAUCCUCAUCUUCUGUAUACCCUUAGUGCUGUCCAGAUUCUUAUCUUAUACGAUAGUCUCCAUGUUGUUGAUGUAAAUAAAAUUGUUGAAUAUAUACAGAGCUUGCAAAAAGAAGAUGGAUCGUUUGCUGGAGACGAAUGGGGAGAAAUAGAUACAAGGUUCUCCUUCUGUGCUGCAGCAACUCUUGCACUUCUGGGAAAGCUGGAUGCUAUUGAUGUGGGGAAAGCAGUAGAAUUCGUUUUGUCCUGUAUGAACUUUGAUGGAGGAUUUGGUUGUAGACCAGGUUCCGAAUCACAUGCAGGACAGAUCUAUUGUUGCACAGGAUUUCUGGCUAUAACAGACCAGUUGCAUCAAGUGAAUGUUGACCUGCUGGGUUGGUGGCUUUGUGAACGUCAGUUACCUUCUGGAGGUCUCAAUGGGCGACCAGAGAAGUUACCUGACGUGUGUUAUUCGUGGUGGGUGCUAGCAUCUUUGAAGAUGAUUGGCAGGAUACAUUGGAUUGAUGGAGAGAAACUGCGCUGCUUUAUUUUGGCUUGCCAGGAUGAGGAGACUGGUGGAUUUGCUGACAGACCAGGAGAUAUGGUGGAUCCAUUUCACACCUUAUUUGGAAUUGCUGGACUAUCUUUAUUAGGAGAAGAACAAAUUAAGGCCGUCAAUCCUGUCUUUUGUAUGCCAGAAGAUGUCCUUCGAAGAAUAAAUUUACAACCUGAGCUUGUGAGCUAAGCCUUGUAGAGACAAAAGGUUGAUAUGACCAGUUGCUUUGGUUUUACUAAUUUAUAAUCUCAUCUGUGAAACUGUCAGCAUAUUCUUCCUUGAGAUGUGUUUACAUUAUAGAAGUAAAGCAAUAGCUUUGCUGUGGGCUUUGUCACUUUGUAAAUUGUAUCAGAACAGGCUGGUUCUUAUAAUCUAACUGUAACAUAUUCUUUGGUUAUAUUAUAAGAGAUGUAGAAACAUUUCCAAUCUGUAUCUAAAUGUAUGGGCCUUGGCUUUUUUUUUUUUCUAAAUAUUCAAAUCAAAGCUUGAUUGUGUGAAUGCCUAAUUUUUGUGUUACUGUGAUGUCAACCAUGCUAGUACCAGUCUUUACACAGGCCUCUUUUGAUGGUGGAUCACACAGAGCACUUUAAAAGAAGAUUGAAAAAAAAAAAACUACAACCAACAAAAUCCUACUUAAGCCAUGCACUUAAUGCCACACACUUGUGUAUUUAAUUCUUCCUGUUCAUGCUUACCAUCAGUUUUCUAUACUGAGAAACAAGCUGCUUCUUCUGAUAGUAAUUGAUACCAGUAAAACCAUAAUUAUGGUUCUUCUAAGUAUAUAAAUAUCUUCAUUUAUUGAUGAGUCCCUUAGACAAAAUUCCACUGAUAUUUGAAAUACAGCAUACCUUGAGUAUACAGAGUGAAAGUUGCUGACAUUAAGUAUUCUAGAGAAGGUCUGUACAGGACAGUGACUUGUAAUUGAAUAUAGAGUUGAUUCUAAAUUUGUUGCUGGGUUGAAAUCCUGCUUUUGUAGCUUUUAAAACAAUAAUUACCAACACUUGAUUAUGGUGUAAUUGAAAAUAAAACUAGCCAUGGAAAAUA